AUGUCCUUCUGCAGAAAAGCACGGUAUUCGGGCAAAGUUCCCGCCAUACUCAGCGAUAUCGGGGACUUCUCCGAGCACAUCAUGCAAGCCCUCGCUUGGUUUCCUUACAUCCUCUCCCCUGUACUUGCGUGCAGCUCAACUGAAUCGACCCCGCUGACAAAGCGAGGCUUGCGAGGAAGCGUGACGUAUUGUGACAAUACCCGACCGCUAGGACCUUUGAUGCGAGCUCAGAACCUCAGAAUAUCCGAUUCCCGAGCCGUAGGACCAACCAGUGCUGCUGGCUGUAUUCUAGCGGCGCCAACAGGUUGUGCUGACUAUGAGCUCGAUGUUGAUGCUACCUUCCUUCCAGCAUCAACACCCAUGUCUCAAAACAGCCAACAAGAUUACUUUCCGAUGAAGCCCUGUCGAUCUAUCUGUUCAUGGUACAAUAGACCAAGAUCAUGCGAGAACCGACCGGCUCCCAUUCUUCUCGCACGAGAUCCACUGCUAGAACAGAUUCUCCACGAUUUCUUGCGGGGUAAGGAACUAGAUCUGAGCAAUAAGAAAGUUGUAUCCAUCGAACGCACUAGAAUAUCUCAUUUGCACACAAGGAUGGCGUUGAAUGACCUUCGUAAAGACGACACUCUGGGCCUUCAUAUCGAAACGCUCGAUCACCCACUGAAAUCAAACAUAUCCCAGAAUGUACCCAUCGAGAACAGGGACUUGAAAGAGCGACGCCUUGUGCGGAGGAUUGACGUUCGGAUGAUGCCCUUGAUGAUGCUACUCUAUAAGUUCAUCCAGAUUUUUCAUAGCGGAGCUCUCACUGACAUGGUUACUGAGAAGUACAUGAAUCACCCUAACUGUGAUCAGAUCGCGACAGCCCGUCUAGGAAACUUUGAAAAGGACAUCGGCCUGGUUGGAACCCAGUACAAUACCAUUAUCAGUGUCUUCUUCGUUGGAUACAUCCUCACACAGGUUCCCACAAACAUGAUUCUCAACAAGAUGAGACCCAGCAUCUUUCUUCCAGUCGUCAUGUGCUGUUGGGCUGUGGUCAGUGCCUCCACCGGCGCUGUUCAAAACUACAAGGGAGCUGUAGUUCUCCGAUUUCUCCUGGGCUUUGUUGAGGCACCCUUCUUCCCUGGUGCCUUGUACCUCUUCAGCUCGUGGUAUACUAAGAAGGAGCUCGCUGUCCGUAUCUCGGUACUUUAUGCUGCAGGACAGAUGGCAGGUGCUUUCGGUGGCCUUCUGGGCAGCGCCAUCAUGGGAGGCAUGAAUGGAAAGCUGGGCCUCGCAGAUUGGAGAUGGCUUUUCAUCAUUGAGGGCACAAUCCCAAUUCCGGUCGCCAUCGUUACGUAUCUCACACUUCCGGACUAUCCAGCGACUACCAAAUGGCUCACCGAUGAGGAGAGAAAGCUUGCUAUCCUUCGAAUCACCGAAGAAGCAGUCGAAGAAGAUAAUCGAGAAGAAGCAUCAGCGUUGCAAGGUCUGAAGAUGACGUUUACGGAUCCAGCACUAUACAUGAUCUGGCUCAUGCAGCUCGGACUCAACACUGCGGCUGCUUUUACCAACUUCUUUCCCACCAUUGUAGCGACACUCGGUUACAACCAAAGAAAUACAUUGCUUCUCUCUGCUCCGCCAUACGUGUUCGCAGCGAUAUUGGGCAUCACAAACUCUUGGCAUAGCGACAAGCAUCGUGAGAGAUGGCUGCACAUCGUGUGGCCGCAGGUCUUUUGCAGCGUCGGCUUCAUCAUCUCGGCAACUACUCUCAACGUUGCAGCCCGAUACACGGCGACAUUCAUGAUGAUGAGUGUAUAUGGCUCGUUCGGAUGUAUCUUGUCAUGGGUCUCGACCACACUUCCUCGGCCGGCGACUAAACGAGCUGUAUCAUACGCUGUCGUGAACGCCGGAUCUAACCUGGCUUCUAUUUACGCAAGCUACUUUUACCCAAAGUCCCAUGGCCCGCAGUAUUGGCAGGCAAACAUCAUUAAUGUGGCCUUCUCUGGAAUGUGCAUUCUUCUGGCCACUUCGCUGCACUUCUACCUUCGUUGGCGUAACCAUAAGCUUCGCGUUGCCGGGGACAAGGAUCUUCAGAACGAAGGCACACGCUUGGGAUCACGGUCGACUAAGUUGGGUGAAAAAUGGCAGUGCCACCCUACCUAUCAGUAUACUUUGUAG